AUGGACAAUGGAACCUCGGCAACCGACAUCAUCACCUAUAUUGGCGUUCCCCUUGCAGUGCUCGGCGUGCUGCCUAUUAUAUACACGUCUUUUCGAGCUCUCUGGACGCAGCGAUCGAUCCGGUCAACUUUGAAACGGCAUGGACUGCUAGAAUCCGCGCUUACACGCGUCAGUCUGAUUGGGGGUCUCGUCGAGGUGGAACUACCACGAUGCACCGUCACCGCGCUCGAUCGCGAGGCUGAUGCCGAUUACUGGAAAUUGAAUGCCCUUCACUUACCGUUGAAAGGUGGUAGCUGGUCGCUCUUUCACUGGAACCGCUUGGUCACAGGGAGGGUGCUUUACCGCUGUCAGUUCAAAGACGAAUUGACAAUUCCCCAGGCGGACGUUGACUUCGAAGACCUGGUUGCGUUCCUGCUCGAUCGUGGGGCUGUUCCGGAUGCCCAUGGAUGGCAUAUACUGAGGACAGUCGGGCUCUGGGCACCGCCCGGCACUGUUGUGUUGCGCCCGCCACAAGGCAUGUCUGGUGCGGUCCUUACCGUUGCACCUCCGGAUGACUCUGAUGGUGUGUUGAGUUUGCAAGUCAAUUGGAAACCGCAAUGGGACUUGAGGAGCUCGGAUAGUUUGCCUCCUUUCUGGAUGAGACUCGAACAGCCGAGGCUCGCCAAGAUUCGCAAUGAUGGGGAGAAUAGUUCUGCAUCGGUACAUGAAGGAAAGGAUAUCGUCAGGCCGGAAACGGCGCAGGAGAAGCCGUUGAGUCGCCAAAAUACGCUCGUUGCUGAUUCGGUUGCAGAGCCUAGCUCUCUAAAGCCGGAGUCGCUUCUUGCCAAAAUCGAGCGAUUGAAAGCUCUUACUACGAAGGCUGACACUGACAGCGUUCGAUUCAAGAUUGAGCACGAGCAUGUCAAGCGGGUCAUCUUUGAGAGCAACGGUGGCUCUACUGGUGAACAGCGAGACCUCUCACGUCUCGGGGAUACCUUUGAUCUUUGGUUUGCCUGUGUUGCAUCCGCGUUGAGCCAAGAUGGAUACUCCGGGAUUUGGAAUUUUGCCAUACCGAGCCACAUUACCAAGUUUGCCCGGCAGAAGUCGGUUCCCUGCGGCGUAAUGGUUGUGCUUGGCCAUAUGGGUGAAGAAAACGUUCCACCAUGGGCAUCACCGCCGCCAGCGCCAGGCGAAUCCCAGUCUGAGAUUCAACAGCGACUACAAGAAGAUACAUUAGCUCGACGAAUGGAAAGUACCAUGUCACCAGCGCAAGCUGCAGAAGCAAGACAGGUUAGACUACUACGCGAGUCACAGCGCUUUCACCACAGCCACAUCAAGAGAAUGCAUGCGCUGGAGGAGUAUCAGCAACGACGUCUAGUCGAAGCUAUCCAAUCGCCACGGCUCGACAAUCUGGUCAUCGCACAGGCCAAUCUCACCUAUCUUGUUGGUCAGGGUGUCGUGCCUAGCGAUUGUACUCUUGAUGAUUUGGCACAGGCUGUGCUGUAUCUUAUGAUACUUGACGAAGGCCAAGCGAGGCUGAUUGCGGAUAUUCUUGAGAGAUGGAUGUUAUGGUGUCAAUUUGGAGGGAUGCAAGAGGUUCAGCUCACGUUGCUGAUGGAGAACAAGAUUGCUUUUUGUUAUGCCUCCGUACUGGUCGCUGUCGUGCAGCGAGCGAAUUCGGGGGAUGGAAAUUUGUCUUCUGAUAUGCUUGACUGUAUGAGAUCGUGGAGAAGAGUGAGGCUGGGUUGA